CAACAAAUAUACAACAAUAUAACAAUAGGUAUAAAUAAUAAAAAUAUCUAUAUUUAUAGAAGGAAAAUUGCUGCCUGUACAACAGACACAAGAAUGCAUCAAGGUCUUAAAAAAUAAAAACGUCGCAAGCAGGAGGUGUAAUGAAAAGAAACCAUCAGUUAAAUGGAUAUGGACCAUAGCUGGACAAAUGUUGAAUUUAAAAACACUUAGAUGCCUCAAGGAUACAAGAACAGUUAAAAGACUGAAUGGAGAAAUAAAAAUACCUAAGCAAUUCUCCAUGGAACAAUGCAACAAGAGCGCUUCUGAACAAAAAUGGGUGUGCCCAUCUCAAGAUGUGGACUCUCAAUAUGUGAGAAAUAAUGGAACAGGGAAUUUAUGGGAAUGGAUAAAGCCAACUGAUGCUUCAUAUUUUCAAAAAUGUCCUGAAAACAUAUAUUCAUAUAAAGGUACAAUGUACAUCGUAAGAUUCGCAUGAAAGUAUAACUGCGUAUUAAAUACUCCUGAAUACAGGCCGAACAAAUUAACAUAGUCUAUAGUCUUCCAAACUCUGCAAGUUUUCUCUGGGUGCUCAGGUUUCUAUCUGGAUGUAUACUAGCAUGCACUAGCCUAUAGUAUUUAAAGGGAGGGAGAACAGUUUAGAGCUGAUAAAACCAACCUGUAUAUAAAGUCUAUACAGAAUUGCAUGAUAUAAAGAGAGAUAUCUAGUAAAAAUUAAAACUGUCUAUUUUCCCUGUUAACUUGACCUUGAAUAAGUGACCAUAAGGAAAAGAUUAUAACAGAAAUUGAACUAAUAGAGCUUUCCACGCAUGCACUACGGAAAAAAGAGUACAGAACAUAUAGGGCUAUCCAGUUUUUUCAUAUCCGUUUUUUCAUAUCUUGCUUACUUCUACAAAUAUUUUGAUCGAAAGAAAUGAAAUGUCCGCCAUCUUCAGUUUUUGUAGAUAUGCAAAACAGGGGUCACGCAAUAUUUUUUAUCUAGACAACCACUAAUCAUUUUGCACUCAAAACUAUACUGUCUGCCCUUCGAAAUAUCAAGAUCACUCAAAAUCUUUAAAACAUCUACCAAUCAAUAUUUGGUCAGCAACGAAUGCUUUUAUAUGGUUAUCCCGGUUGUGACGUCACUAAAACUACCGUUAAUGAGAUCAAUGGCGGAAAUCUCAUUACUUCAAGUGAAAGUAUUUCAAGAACUAUAAAGCAAGAAUGAUAUGAAAAAUCGGUAAAAGAAGUUAAUAUAUAGUUUCAAAUGAGAAAAUAAAAAUUUAUAUUGCCAUUUCCCUUUAAAUCACAGUUAAUAAAAUAAGAAUUAAAUACUCCAUCUAAAAUCUAAAACCUCUUUACUGCAUAUCUUGAAAGGUUGCUAUCGUUUUUCUGAUGGAAAUCAUACAAAACUAAUCAACAAGGCAAGAUGUGAUACUCUACAUAAUGGUACAUGCGGCCUCAAAAUACAAGCUCCAAUUGAUAUUGGAUACACUUCGUGUCAACUUGACUGGACAAAAUCUACCCAUACCAUCAGUGGUUUUCUUUGGUAUCCUUUUGAUGGAACAAUAGCAGGAGUUCAACUAAACGCAACACUCUAUCCAGUUACUCUGCAGGUCAGUCUCGUUUUCCAUCUCCAAAGUCUUCAAAAUUUAAUUAGAAUUAACCAUUAACCCGUGUUUACACUGCGAGCUUUCCCUCGCUCCGGCAUUUUUGUAGUCUAAACAAACCAGCUUUGACCUAUAGCCUAGCCUAGGCCUCGCCCGGAUCAGGAAUCCCGCAAAGCGUGUGAUUUCAUUGUACACGCGCGUGAAUACGCGGUUCACGCGAUAUUUUUUAAAUGCGAUAAUUAAUUUGUUAAUGGCAAAUCUCGCGUGUGAUUGCAAAACGGCACAUGAUAGUGCGGUACAAUCUCGGGGUUCCUGACUCAUAUAUGUGUAGCUAACAUUCAAAAGGGGGGAGGGAGGGUUGUUCCAUAAAAUGUUAUAGGCGGGGAUUUUCCGCCGGCUUUCCGCCAAUCCAACGCUAUCUAACCAGAAAGUGAAUUAAUUUAGGAACAAAUAGCCCUGUCGGAGGUCUUCAACAAAACAAGUUACUGGGGGAGGCAGUACACCCAUGACCCGCCCAGUUCCGCCCCACCCGACAUUAUAUGGGGAAGCGGAAAUUCACCAUAGCCCAUUACCUGUGAAGUCAUGGGGUUAAUGCCUAAAUUUGGCAUGAGUGCUAGGUAUAUUUGAUCAGGAUUGUGCUAUAACAAAAUACACGUUGAAAUUAAGUAUUCCCCCUUAAAAUUAUAUAACUGAAUGUUAUCGUUUCAAUAAUUUUAGAUUAAGAAUAUAAGUUUUCUCCUAUCUACAUGGAAAGGCCACUUGCUCAGACUAAAUAUAAAAUGCACUGAUGAUGAGGGAAGAUCAGAAAGUCAUUGUGCCUUACUCAAGGUUGAAGGAACCGCGACUGAGGAAGUAAGCAAAAUUAUCUAUUACACAUGACAUUAUAUGUACUAUUUAAUAUAUUAUAUUAUAUUAUUAGAAACUUAAACCAGUUACCCGUGUUACGGAAUUAAACAUUGGCUAGAAUAAAUCUAAUUCCUCAUUUUGUUUGUAAAUCAUUUAUAAUAAAUAGUAUGAAAGUUAUAAUCUUGAAAGGUUUGUACCAGUGCAGGUAAUGCCAAUAAUAAGAAAGUUUCGGAUUGAUAGGGAUGGAACUACCUGAAAAAUACAAGGAGAACGUGGACCUGCUACUAACUUCCGACGAAGGACCUUCGCUCAAAACGUCGACGUUCUCUUUUCAAGUACAAUCACUUUCAAAAGUUGUUGUGACACAUCUAUAGUUUUAGAUUCAAUCAAUCAAUCAAUCAAUCAAUCAACUUUAUUAAUGAGGGUAAACGCAUGACAGUGAAACUGAUGAACCAGCGGCCCUCCUAACUAUAGUACAGAAAUAAGAUAACAGAAUAAAUGGCUGCGUAUAAGCAUGCAUACAGUAGGAAUUUAAUAACUAAUGGUCUAGUAAAAGUUUAAAAUACUUUAAGAUGGUCCACAUUUAAUUUAAAAUGUGUAUUAAUUAAUGUGGUUUAUAAUGUGGUUCUCAAAGAUGACCUAAAAUAUUUCAAAAUCCUUUCAAAAUUAUUUUUUAUAGAUCCCAGUAUCAAUUGCAACAAGGACUACUGCCCCUCCUGUUUCACAAACUACGUCACAAAUUACGUCACAACCUGGAUCCACUAUGUUCGAAUAUCACCAAAUUAACAUGUCGUCAACAUCCACACCAUCUCAAAAACUGUCUUCAACGAAUACAUCACAACCUAGUGUUAACAGCCAAGAUCGAGAAGAAAAUAAAGACUCGUCAGUAAUUCUUCCUAUCGUUAUUGCAGCUGUUGCUUUGUUUUGUUUACUGUUAGCACUGGUUGUUAUAGUGAUCGUCUGUAAACGACGAAAAAGGUAUAUUAUUAUGUUUUAAUACAUCUAUUAUAGGAGUUUGUAAAGCCACGUAUCUAAUUAUGUUAUUAGAGCAAUUGUCCGAGAAGAUUCUACAUACACAAUUCGAAAUCUCGUUUUUCAUUUCCAAUAUUAUUGCACGCGUUCAGGGAUACUUAGACAUACAACAAGUUUGUCACAACUUUUUGUCAUAUAGUAAGAAGGCAAUUUUGUACAAUUUUAUUAUUAAAGAACACGUUACGAAGUUACUACUCAUUUCUCUUGUAGAAAAAACGACGAUGCUAAUCAAAACGAAGAACACAUUUAUGAAGGUAUCAUCAAUAUAUAGUUAAACCUACUAUAUUUAUACUAGAUCUUAUAGCGCUCGAUCUUUUAGCCGGCAUCACACUUGAAGAAGUUCAUGAACUUUUUCAAAUUUUUCGCAUUUGUGCAAAAGGUGUGACGAUAUUAUACGGACUCAUUGCAACGAUCUUUAAUUUAAAUUUAGUAAAAUAACAUUACUUUCCCCUCAACAUGAUAAACAUCAUCAAAUUACGUAUUGUUGCGAGGACAUAAAGCGUCGCUUAGCAGGUGUCAGUACGAGUGGAUAUAUUAUAGAAGUUUUCAGGUUAAAGAGGCAGGGGUCAAUGUUACGAUCAAUGGGACCAACGCUCUUGAGAGUCAGGACUGCUAGAUUUCGGACCAUUUGAAGAUUUUCUAAGUCAUUGAUACUGACAGUAGGUAGUUGAAAGAAAUGACAUAACUCCCAUGCAGUCAUGGACAAAGACGUUUAGUCAUUAUCAUCGAUUGUUGUUAAUUGUAUUGGAGAAAAAAGUCGUUAGCUGAGUCAGCCAACUAUAGAAAUUUAUGGCCCAUCGCGAUUUGACUAGACAUCUUUCACAUUGACUGGAAAAUUUUAAAUACUUUCAUAUUCUGUACUAUAUAGAAAAUAUAUGGAAAAGGUUCAAAAUGACAUGGAAAUUAUAUGGAAAUUCAAUUUCCAAAGUUUUACACACUUGCAUAGUAUGAAAAUUUUCCAGAAAAAAGUGAACAUUCUCUCUAGAAAACCAAGUAUGGAAAUGUUUCAAAAUUUCCAGUGAUUUUCAAAUAACUUCUGUCAGGCACACAAAAAUCUUCGACCUCUGUAGAGAGGUAUCCGUAUUAGAGAAGACUGGAGAAAGGUUCCGAUUUCACUUCCACUACCGCUACGAUUACGGGACCAUUAACCAUUCAGGUGCGUUUGAUAUUUAACAAAUAUAAAACAUUUUCCGUGUUGAUAUUCAGUUAUAUCAACACGAGUGGAAAUUGGGAAAACGAGAAAUUGUGUGGAAACACGUUUUCACACAAUUUCGAGUUUUCCCAAUUUCCACGAGUGUUGAUAUAACUGUAUAUCAAUACGGAAAAAAAUGUCUUAUAUUUGUUUUAUAAUAUAGCACAAAGAAACAUAAAGAAAGAAAUUUUCCGACGUUUCCGUGUUGACAGUGAGUUAUAUCAACACGACUCUUAGCCAAUCAGCGUUCAGAAUUUACAAACGCUACAUUAUAAACCCCUUUAACCAAUCAGAUGCGUAUGCUGAGCCAGGGAGAGGUUAUGGUAGCAGUAGUGGGCGUCAAAUCUGAAGCUCUAUUGUAUCUUAAAGAGAUGUCUGUAUUAGAGAGGUGCCGGUAUUAUAUAUUUGUCCAUAUAGUGAAUUGCCCAUAUAUUGGUGAAUGGACCUUUCACCUUUUGACUAAAAUUUAGAUCUCAACAAGUCUAGACAAAAAUUUUAUCACAGCUUGAAAGAGCAUCACAAAAUUAGUAAUAUUCCGAACUUUCGUUGCGAAAUGUUGUAAAAUGCGGAUAAUAUAGCCUUGCGAAGUUUGCAAUUUUCAGUCAUAUUUUGUAUUACGCGCGGGAAAUACAUACCUCCUUCAGAAAAAGAGUAUGUAUUUCCCGUUUGUAUUAAUACAAAAUGACUGAAAAACGGCAAACUUCGCAACGCUAUAGUAUCCGCAUUUUACAACAUUUCGCAACGAAACUUCGGAAUAUUACUAAUUUUGUGAUGCUCUUUCAAGCUGUGAUAAAAUUUUUGUCUAGACUUGUUGAGAUCUAAAUUUUAGUCAAAAGGUGAAAGGUCCAUUGUCCAUAUUAGAGUCUGUUACGUGCAAAAUUGUAAUAUCUGCUUAAUAAUUCCACCUACGCAGAACCCCAUCCUGUAGACAAUGGACCAGCCUCACCUAUCUACAUGGAAAUUGACGAUAUAACCAGAAGCAAGAGCAAGAAAAGUAAUAGCAGCAAAAAAAGAAACAAGAGUCAGUCGAGUGAAACACCGCCGGAUCCACUAUAUCACACAUUGGAGAAGCCAGACCGUGUGGAAAUUAAUAGCAAGAAAAGUAAUAGCAGCAAAAAAAGAAACAAGAGUCAGUCGAGUGAAACACCGCCGGAUCCACUAUAUAACACACUGGAGAAGCCAGACCAUGUGGAAAUUAAUGACAUUUAUGAAGCACUAGACGACGCGCCAAAGUCUCCCAAUCCCACGCCUCAGCCGUUUGAAAAAGAAUUAGAUGUUUAAAUUUAUUUAAGGAUACAUUUUCCAGAGAGAAAGACAUAAUGUUAAAUAUUUAUUAUUUAUUUCUAUAAAUAAAUACCCGUUUAUACACUUACAAUUUUCGCUGCAAUUUUCUUCUUCUGACGGAUGUGAACGAGUUAUAAAUGUUCAGAUGAGGAUAGUUGACCAUUUGCGUAAUAGACUAAAUUUUGAUCUAAACAAGUCUAGACAAAAAUUUCAUCACAGCUUGAAAGAGCAUCACAAAAUUAGUAAUAUUCCAAAGUUUCGUUGCGAAAUGUUGUAAAAUGCGG